CAGUUUUGUGUUUCAUUUUUGGAGUAGUUCAGAAAUUUGUUCUUCUUCAUCGUCUACCAACCUCUAUCCUCUGUAAUCUUCCAUUUGAGAAACUAUCUGUAAUCCUUGGGUUUCAGAGUAAUAUAUCGAGGAAUAUAUCGAAAAUCUUUCUUUCAAUUUCUACUUAGAUUUCCCUGUAUUUUCUCUAGAGGAAUUUAUCGAGAGCCAAUUGGAGCUUUCCUUAUUUUUUCUCACUUAUCUUUCAUUUUAUCUGCAUCAAUUGGUAUCAGAGCACAUUCUUCCUCGGACAUGGCAAAGAUUCAAGUUCAAGAGAGAUUAAAGGAAGAAAUCCAGCCAACUGUGAGGUUAUUCAAACCCCAAUCCUUGUAUGAUGCAUAUUGCUUGGCCUUCCUACAAGAAUCUUGCUUGGAAGACGUUCAAGGAAUAGCUAACACCCUGAAACCCAUACUUGAACAACAAGAAAUCCCGCGAGCCGUAGGUGAAAUUGCACAAGUGGCAGAAGCAAAGCAAGAGAAAACCACCACCGGAGAGCAAGAUAAAUUGGCAGUUGUGGAACUUGACCAGAAGCUACCGCUAGUGACUCCUAUUGCUGAUGAUGGUUUCCCAAUAUCCUGUGAGGUUGCCAAAGAUGAACCCACAAACGAGGCCGCUAGAAUGGUUCAAAAUCAACUGCCUGCCUUAGAAAUCGCGCAUGCAAUGGAAGGAGAAAGUACAUUGUUGUCUCAAGGAGACCAGGUCGUGGAGAUUGAACAGACUUUCCGGGAACUGAACUCUUCUACCCACAAGAUGUUCGAUGUAAUACCCCAAAUUUUCUAGAGCAUUAAAGUGUGAGUUAAGGACCUAAUUAUGAAGAAAUACUAUUAAUGAACUUAAUAAUAAAUAUUUUUAAAGUUC